AUGCACCAGUUGCAAAUCAAGAUGACGCAGCGAAAGCGGGAAGAGCUCAGUCGGAAACAGGCUGCUGCCGGCAAAGAGAUUGUCAAAGCUGCAUCAGCAGAGGAUUCCUUCGAUAUGGAGAAGGAGAUGAUGGAUGUGACAAAGCGUGUUAGAGAGAGCACCGGUGUUCCGGUGGCCGUGACUCCUGCUUCCAAGAGCCCAGACUUCAAGAGAUCCCGGCAGUUUUCUCCCGAGAUCGCCGAGGGUGCAGGUGCUGUGCAGACUGUGGUGGGUGCUACGAGCUCCUCUAGAGAGAUGGCCUUGGAAGGGCUCCCUCACCCCAAGAUGCCCCAGCCUGCAAUCACGACACCCUGCAAGGCAAUUGUGACAAAGGAGGCCCCUGCUCCUGUGAAGACUCCUUCCCCAGAAAAGCCUAUGCAGCUCAGCCCUCGCAACCUGUUGCCGGAUCUGAUGGGUGUUCAGGCAGAUACGCUGGUGGACCCCGUACUGGCCGAAGCCGAAGCUUGUAGACCGGAGGGACAUGUGGCGCAGAGCACAGCAGCAACUGCUGGUGUGGAGCAGGGAAAAGGACCGGAGCAGACGGCAACAGAACCUCGUGUGGAGCAGGGAAAAGGACCGGAGCAGACCACAGCAGAACCUCGUGUGGAGCAGGGAAAAGGACCCGUGGAGCAGACCACAGCAGAACCUCGUGUGGAGCAUGGAAAAGGACCCUUGGAGCAGACCGCAGCAGAUCCUGGUGUGGAGCAUGGAAAAGGACUCGUGGAGCAGACCACAGCAGAACCCCUCGACGACAAGUUCAGAAGCCUGGACAGCAUGACGACGUUGAGCUGGGGGCGCAGCCUGUCUCACACCCGUGACCUCGAUACCCCUAUGAAGCAGAAGAUCCCUUUUGAGGAGCUGGUCAUGGAGCUCCGAAACCAGCUCUACCGUGCCUUUGCAGAUGGUCAUGGGCUUUCAAAGGAUGAUUUUCAGGGGCGGCGAGUUCUUGGUGAUGCCGUCAUGGACUGGGUGCUGGAGAAUGAGACGACUGAAAAUCGUGAGAUGCACGGGGGCGAUGCCCUGUGUGUGCCAGCAUCUGAGUGCCUGGAAGGUUGGGCUGCAGUCAAGGAUGUGUCGCAGAAGCACGCGGCACUGAACGAGCAGCUGGCAGCAAAAAUGGGUCAUGCUGACCAGGCCGUGGCAAAGGCCUUGGCGUCUGUUGUCCAGCAUGCCGGACAGGCCAACACCAUGUCCAGCAGCUCGGCUGUGACCCAAAGAAUGGCCGCCUGGAAAAAGUCCCUGCAUGACCAGGGCAUGAAGGAGAUCCAGGUGGUCAAGGAGCAAAUGGAUGUGUGUGUGCAGCGCCUGGAAAAGGGUGUGGAGCACCUGCUGGCAAAAGCCUCUGAGCUCUAUGACAGCGACUGCCCCAAAACCGAGGACGAGCUGGUGCAGCAGAUGAUGAAGGAGGUUGAGGUUCACAUGUCAGCUUUGCAGCUGACUCCUGUGGAUCCCAGCUCAGGGGGGGGCACCGGUGAACCCUCGAUGGAGGUUGAUUCCGCCCCUCGAGAACCAUCUGCCCGUGCAGCUGCUCUCCCCAAGGAGUCUGUGCAGCCCGAGCCCCGACGUGAACGUGGCAUGCUGCCCCCGCCCCCUCCUGAUCGUGCCAUAGAGCUUCAGCUGGAGAUCACGCGCACGGGGCUCCAGCGCCUCGACACCACGACGAUGGAGGAAAGCAAGAUCAAGGAGAUGAUGCAGUACGGCCUGCUCCUGCCCCGCAACGACGGCACCUACGAGACACCUGAUGAGCGUGAUCGAAGACUCAAUCACAACCAGCGGAUGCGGUUCAACCGGAGUUUCGAAAGCCCGCUCUGCCCGCAGCCUGUGCUGGAUGCCGCCAAGGGCAAGAAGUACAGACUCCAGGACAUGCCCUUGGCAUUCUUCCACGAGGUGCAGGGUGUUCUGUGGCCGGAGGCAGAUAAGCCACAUGAUAUCCUCAGUGCUGCCGAGAUCGAGGCGAUUGUGACGAACUACAAGGAAGGAGGCUCUGUUCGUGAGCUGGCCAAGCAGUUUUGGCAGGCCCAAGAGAAGAUUAGAGCCUCCGAAUGCACUUGCAGUUCCAGUCAUGUCUCCAGGGGUUCAAGCCGUGCGAGAUUUGGAACCAUUUCAUGUUGCCCAGGACUCCAGGGCGAACCUUUGACACCCGUCAAGGAGAAGGGCCCCAACACGAAGAAACCUCGAGGUCCAAGUGAGCCGUAG